AAUUGAGAGUGCGUGUUUUGCUUUUUAUAAAUGGAUAUAAUGCGAGUCAUGGCUGGUUGAAAAAAAAAGUGGAAGGAAAAUUUGUUCAAAAUCGUGAUUGGGAUUCGAAAGUGUGGGGUACAACCUGGCAACCCGGCUUAUGAAAAAGCAGUGUGUCGGCGUUCAGCAACUUCCACACUUGCUGCUGAGUGGAGGGGGGCUUGCUGGGAGCCAGAGUGGCACACACACGACCAGAUCUGUAGAGAAUCCAGUUAAACGGCGCACGAGGAUUGUUUGUUUGUUUAUUAUUGUUAUUUGUUUAACGCUUAAUUCCAGCGCGAGACAUGAACGUGAAUGAUGCCAAGGAGUAUCUCUCCAGGAGAGAAAUCCCCCAGCUGAUGGAGAGUUUACUGACGGGACUGAUGUAUUACCGGCCGGACGAUCCCAUCGAGUACAUGGAGUCAUGCCUGAAGAAGGUGCGAGAGCUCGGCGGGACCGAAAAAGUGAGGUGGGACACUUUUGUAGGACAGGAGAAGAAGUCUCUGCCACCGCUCAAUGGAGGCCAAUCGCGACGGUCUUUCUUCCGCAACGUGCUACCCGACAGGUACGAGCGCCUGCCACCCAUCCACCAGUUCUCCAUCGAGAGCGACUCGGACUUGUCUGAAACAGCGGAGCUGAUUGAAGAGUAUGAAGUGUUUGACCCAUCCAGACCGCGGCCCAAAGUCAUCCUCAUCAUCGGUGGCCCGGGCAGCGGUAAAGGCACACAGAGCCUGAAGAUUGCAGAGCGCUAUGGUUUCGAGUACGUCUCCGUGGGUGAACUGCUGCGAAAGAAGAUGAUCCACAAUGCAACCAGCAACAGAAAGUGGAGUCUGAUCGCCCGGAUCAUUACUAACGGCGAACUGGCACCUCAGGAGACGACGAUCACCGAGAUCAAGCAGAAGAUCAUGAAGCUACCGGACGCCAGCGGAAUAGUCAUUGACGGAUUUCCUCGGGAUGUCGCGCAGGCACUUUCUUUUGAAGAUCAGAUUUGUACUCCAGACCUGGUGGUGUUCCUGGCGUGCUCUAACCAGCGUUUAAAGGAGCGUUUGGAGAAGCGAGCGGAGCAGCAGGGACGGCCGGAUGAUAACCCCAAAGCCACCGAGCGACGUCUCGCUAACUUCAAACAGAACGCAGUACCACUGGUGAAGUACUUCCAGGAGAAAGGCCUCAUCAUCACGCUGGACGCAGACCGAGACGAGGACGAAGUCUUCUCAGACAUCAGCAUGAUGGUGGAUAACAAGCUUUUCCCCACCAAAGAACCCAUCGCAGGCCCGAGUGAGCUUGACCUGAGUGUGCUAGCUGACAGCACCAGCCUCGCCGACGUUCCAUCCAGAUUUGACGAGCAGGCUAUCGAAGAGGAGGAGGAGCAGGCAGAGGCGGCGGGAUACGCAGAACAUACGGCAGAACGUUUGCCCAUUGAGAAGAGGAAACCAAAGGUCAUCUUCGUGAUCGGUGGUCCCAGCUCAGGUAAAGCCCUGCAGUGUGAGAAGAUGGAGGAGCGUUACGGUUUGAAGCGUCUCUGUCCCGGGGACCUGCUGUGCAGCGAGCUGCAGUCGCACAGCGACCGGGGACGCUUCCUCCGAGAACUGCUCGAGACGGGACGACAACUUCCUGAGGAGACGCUGUUGGAUCUGCUGUGCCAGUCGAUGGAGUCUACGGUGCGACAGGGGAAAGGAUUCCUGGUCAGCGGCUUCCCGCGGGAUCUGAGACAGGCGGAGGACUACGAGGCCAAGUUGGGCCAGCCCAGCGCCGUCCUACUACUCGAUUGCUUGGUGCCCACCAUGACGAGACGUCUCCAGCAGAGGGCGAUGUCCAGCCUGCGCCCCACAGACGCCUGCCACAGGGACGCCCGUCUCCGUGUGGAGAGUUUCUGCAGCACCGUGACCCCCGUGGCCACCCACUACGACACACUCGGGCUCCUGCACAAGAUUGAUGCCGAACAGCCCCCUGAAGAUGUAUUUGAGCAGAUCUGCCUGGUCCUGGACUCCUGUUAAAACACCAUGGAGCUCGACAGAACAUCACUCCUCAGCAUCACCGUCAUAUUGGAAAAGGAACAAGCUGUGACUUCACGCUCAGACCUUCUCUCUGCUCCACCAACGUUAGCUCUCUGUAUGAACUACUUAAGCUCCACCUAGCAUGGACCGAGACACAUCAUUUAUCCUUCUCUCUCUCUCCGUAUUCCAACAAACUCCGCCUCCUGUAUUAGAUCGGCUAGUGAGUACACGUUACGGAGCUCUAAACCAAGACGACUUUCUUGAUAGUUAUACAAUUAGAACGUUUUUGCAGGACUUGGCUAAUAAGGAAACAGAAUGAUCAAAGGUGGACGUGGCUUUAACAUACUCUAAUAAUCCUAACCGAUCAUAAUGCAGGAGAAGUGUUUUUUUUUUGGUCAGAAUACUGAUUUUCAUACACAAGUUGAAAACAUGUAACUGUAUUUUAAGCUUUCUGAAAAAAAACGCCGUUCUUCGUAAGUCCGAGACGUUUCAAAAGAUGCAAUGAAAUUUUGGAUUUGCACGAAUUUAAACCGGGUUGAGAUUUGGUCUUUGUAACAGAUUUGACUUUGCAAUAUUGUUAAAAAAAAAAAAAUGUAUUUUUCCUUCUCGUGAUCUUCAGGAAAUUUUGGAUGAUGCAGAAUAGGGAUUGUGUGAAAAAGCAUGCUGUACACAUUUGAGUAUUUUAUUAAUAGUUUAAAGCGACGCCCACGACUCGAACGUAAUCGUUGCAACACCUGUACGAUGAAGCUGAUUUAGGACGGAGAGAUUUUCUCCGUCCGCGAAGUCUUUCCUGAACAAGUGCACAAAAUCCCUGUAAAUAAACACGAUUUGACUCAAGUUUGGACUUGCAGCAUUUAUAUUGUAACCAGAUGGACAGAAAGUUGGAAAUGGAGCAAUACUUCUCAUUCACUCUCUUCCCAUCUACUACCUGCUCUGUAAGCAUGUCAGAAAAGCAUUAAACCAGUUGCUUUUGUGUAAAAACUUCACAGGCUUUGUACUUGUCUCGACCAGUCUCUCGGCCCAGGCUGAUAGAGCGGACGAGUUUCACACUGAAAUCCUGCUGUUACUGUAUUCCUUCUGAAAUAAAGAUUUCAUAUCUUAUAAA